GAUAAUUUAUACAUUUUUUUACCACUCCCACUAGGGUUUUCAGAUUCCGAUUGUUACAAACAGCGGAAACCCAUUAAAUACCGGAUAGACCCAAAACUGACCACGUCUGCACAUUCCAACAUGAGCAAAGUAACCUUCAAAAUCACACUAACUUCGGACCCCAAGCUGCCCUUCAAGGUGCUCAGUGUUCCGGAGGGAACUCCCUUCACGGCCGUGCUGAAAUUCGCCUCGGAGGAGUUCAAGGUGCCGGCGGAGACGAGUGCCAUCAUCACGGACGAUGGCAUCGGCAUCAGUCCCCAGCAGACGGCUGGAAAUGUGUUCCUGAAGCACGGAUCCGAACUGCGCCUCAUACCCAGAGAUCGGGUGGGCCACCAACUAAGCUAGUUUCCUAGUCCCCUUUGCAUUUUCCCCCUGAGAUUUCCCCUUUUCGAUGCUUAUUAAUGCUUAUUAAACGAUGUAAUCAGUAGUAA